AUGGCUGGAGUUUGUUUCCUGGCUUUCAUUGCUGUUUUGCUGCUGGAGGUGUACGGACUGCCCGCUGAAAUUCCAGAGGAAAACAAAGGAGCUGUGUUUGUGUCCCAGCAGGCGGCACACACGGUGCUGCUUCGCAGGCGCAGGUACAACAGCGGCCAUCUUGAAGAAGUCCUCUACAAAGACAACCUGGAGCGGGAGUGUAUAGAGGAGGUCUGCACGAUGGAGGAGGCCAGGGAGGUGUUUGAGAAUGAUGAGAAAACGAUGGAGUUCUGGGCCGGCUACAUCGAUGGUGACCAGUGCAAGCCACCACCCUGCCAAAAUGGAGGUGUGUGUGAGGACGGCAUCAGUGCAUAUGUUUGCUGGUGCAAACCAGGCUUCAGCGGCAAGAACUGCGAGAUCGAGGUGUCCAAGCAGUGUACAGUCAACAACGGCGGAUGUUCCCAUUUCUGCGUGAUGCAGGCGGAGCAAACCGUGUGCCACUGUGCAGGUGGUUAUCGGCUCGGGCCGGACAAGAGGACCUGUGUACCAACAGAACAAUUCAGCUGUGGUCGUGUGAACUUGUCCUCCACCUCCAACACCAGAUCCAUGGUAAACGUUCGAUCAGCAACACACAGGUCUUCCGGCGAUGCCCUGCAGGAUGACUACUCUGACUACAAUAUGACACUGUACGAUUACAUCGACUACCCUAUGAAUGAUUCAGAGCCCUUAAACAGCUCAGUGGCCUCUGCAGUGCGUGCAGUGAGGUCGGCCUCCAGCGGGGAGGCGUCCGGUGUCACCGAAGUGCCCACAGAGGCAAAGCAGCAGCACUCCUGGGCUUUCUUCCCCACACUACCCACCAUCAAGGAGCAGGACAACACUGACCAGAGGAUUGUGGGGGGGGACGAGGCCAUUCCUGGAGAGAUACCUUGGCAGGUGGCCCUGAUGUCUCACUCGGCCGCCCUUCAGAGAGCAGAGCCUUUCUGUGGAGGAUCUCUGCUCAGUGAAUUAUGGGUCAUCACCGCUGCCCAUUGUCUGGUACAGGCCAAAGUCGCUAAACAAGGUUUCUUCGUUAGAGUGGGUGAACAUGAUGUGAACGACGAUGAGGGUCCCGAGCGAGACCACGUGGUGGCAGAGCAGCAUCUCCACCACAUGUACGAUUUCAAGAGGUCCCCGUAUAACCACGAUAUUGCACUACUGAAGCUUGCCAGUCCAGUGGAACUGUCCAAUCAACGGCGUCCCAUCUGCCUGGGCCCCAAAGACUUUACAGAGAAUCUGCUGAGGGAGUCCAGGAGAUCGCUGGUGAGCGGAUGGGGACGGAUAAAGUUCCUUGGCCGCCAGGCCACCCAGCUUCAGAAGCUGGAGGUCCCCUACGUGGAGCGCACCACGUGUAAACAGAGCAGCCGGGACCACGUCACACGCUUUAUGUUCUGUGCCGGCUUCCAAAAUGAACAGAUGGACUCAUGCCAGGGGGACAGUGGGGGACCACAUGCCACCAAUUACAAAGGCACUUGGUUCUUGACAGGCAUCGUCAGCUGGGGGGAAGAGUGUGCCAAGGACGGGAAGUAUGGCAUCUACACUCGAGUGUCACGGUACUACCCGUGGAUCAGUCAGAGAACAGGGAUCCGAAUCAACUAA